ACGUUGCUGCUUAGAUUGAAAUGCAGAACUCAAGCCUCUUUCAGCCGGGCACAGACUUCCUUUUACUCUUUCCUUUGGCACUCUUGUCGCCUCCUCCCGGGGAGAAGCCAAGGCACCCGCGGCUUGGAGCAGCGACAGGCCGGCCCAUUGAGAGCGAGGAAAAAGUUUCUUUCUGGGAGCGCGGAACUGGGGCCGGGUUGGUGUACUGCUCGGAGCAAUGGAGCCAGCCUUCGGGGAGGUGAACCAGCUGGGAGGAGUGUUCGUGAACGGAAGGCCGCUGCCCAACGCCAUUCGGCUUCGCAUCGUGGAAUUAGCCCAACUGGGCAUCCGACCUUGUGACAUCAGCCGCCAGCUAAGGGUCUCCCACGGCUGCGUCAGCAAGAUCUUGGCGCGCUACAACGAGACCGGUUCGAUUUUGCCGGGAGCUAUCGGGGGAAGCAAACCCCGGGUCACCACCCCUACUGUGGUGAAACACAUCCGGACUUACAAGCAGAGGGACCCAGGCAUCUUCGCUUGGGAGAUCCGGGACCGCCUGCUGGCGGAUGGCGUGUGCGACAAGUACAACGUGCCCUCGGUGAGUUCCAUCAGCCGGAUUCUGCGUAACAAGAUCGGCAACUUGGCCCAGCAGGGUCAUUACGACUCCUACAAACAGCACCAGGCAGCGCCGCAGCCCGCGCUGCCCUACAACCACAUCUACUCGUACCCCAGUCCCAUCACGGCGGCAGCUGCUAAGGUGCCUACACCACCCGGGGUCCCGGCCAUCCCCGGAUCGGUGGCCAUGCCACGCACCUGGCCCUCCUCUCACUCCGUCACGGACAUCCUGGGCAUCCGUUCCAUCACCGACCAAGGAGUGAGCGACAGCUCCCCCUACCACAGCCCCAAGGUGGAGGAGUGGAGCAGCCUGGGCCGCAACAACUUCCCUGCCGCCGCCCCGCACGCAGUGAACGGAUUGGAGAAGGGAGCCUUGGAGCAGGAAGCCAAGUACGGCCAGGCACCGAAUGGUCUUCCAGCUGUGAGCAGUUUUGUAUCAGCAUCCAGCAUGGCUCCUUACCCUACACCAGCCCAAGUGUCACCCUACAUGACCUACAGUGCUGCUCCUUCUGGUUAUGUUGCUGGACAUGGGUGGCAACAUGCUGGCAGCACCCCACUGUCCCCCCACAACUGUGACAUUCCCGCAUCGCUGGCUUUCAAGGGAAUGCAGGCAGCCAGAGAAGGUAGUCAUUCUGUCACGGCCUCCGCACUCUGAUGGAAACUUCCACCUCCAGCUGCCUCACUCUGGUCUCCCCAGUCAGCACAUCCUAUCCCUCUUCACACCCCACCCCUCCAGUGCUCCAGCUUUACUGCCUCAAGAGCUGGCUUUAUGGAUUCAUAAUCUUUGUGCUGAUGACACUUAAAUAUUUCUUGCUGUAACUUCCCUCUUUCAGGAAAUCUGCCAUAACUUUAGGAUUUAAAAACAAGAGCAACUCUAAAGAUUGAAUGAGAUGUUUGUGUUGCCCGCACACUGUUUUAACACAGCGAGGAAACCUAUUCCCCUCAAAGGGCUUAUGGGACUUUGUAGACCUGUCUUUGGUAAAACCACACAUGUAUAUUUAUUCUAAAUCAACCUGAACUUUUGAAACGUGCAAUUGUUGAGAUUUUGCAAAAUCAAUAAAGGAAAACAGAUGGAGAAAAAAAAGUUAUGUGAUACCCUCUAAUCAAAUAAGGUGACCAAAUAAGCCUUAAUUCACCAUUAGGAAACCAAUCAAUAACUGACUUGUGUGAUCUUUUGCUUCUUUUUAAGAGAUGAUGUAUUUUGUUAAAAAUAUGUAUAGAACUCAAGUAAUAUUGGAAUUUUGCUCCUUUUGUUGUUUUGACUUGGUUCCUAAUACAGUGAUGUUUGUAUUUCU